UCCUCUGGGCACCUCCCCUCUCUUGGGAGGAUGAGACAGCCCAGGGGCAGUGGCGGAGUCGUGGUUGGUGGGUGACCCGUCGGAGCCGGGACGGAGACAUAAUGGCAGAGACUGUAUCUCCACUGAAGCACUUCGUGCUGGCUAAGAAGGCCAUCACUGCCAUCUUUGGUCAGUUACUGGAGUUUGUCACCGAGGGUUCACAUUUUGUUGAAGCAACAUACAGGAAUCCAGAACUUGAUCGAAUAGCAACUGAAGAUGAUCUGGUGGAAAUACAGGGCUACAGAAACAAGCUUGCUGUCAUUGGGGAGGUGCUGUCCCGGAGACAUAUGAAAGUGGCAUUUUUUGGCAGGACGAGUAGUGGCAAGAGCUCUGUCAUCAAUGCAAUGCUGUGGGAUAAAGUUCUCCCGAGCGGGAUUGGCCACACAACCAACUGCUUCCUGAGUGUCGAGGGAACGGAUGGAGAUAAAGCCUACCUUAUGACCGAAGGCUCAGAUGAAAAGAAAAGUGUGAAGACAGUUAAUCAGCUGGCACAUGCCCUCCAUAUGGACAAAGACUUGAAAGCUGGCUGUCUCGUGCAUGUGUUUUGGCCCAAAGCUAAAUGUGCCCUCUUGAGAGAUGACCUGGUUUUAGUAGACAGCCCAGGAACAGAUGUCACCACAGAGCUGGACACCUGGAUUGAUAAGUUCUGCCUCGAUGCUGAUGUCUUUGUUUUGGUUGCAAACUCAGAAUCAACACUGAUGAACACGGAGAAACAUUUUUUCCAUAAGGUCAAUGAACGACUCUCAAAGCCAAACAUUUUCAUUCUGAACAAUCGCUGGGAUGCCUCUGCCUCAGAGCCGGAGUCCAUGGAGGAUGUGCGCAGACAGCACAUGGAAAGAUGCCUUCACUUUUUGGUAGAAGAGCUCAAAGUUGUGAGUCCUUUGGAAGCUCGGAAUCGGAUCUUUUUUGUUUCAGCCAAGGAAGUUCUCAACUCCAGGAAGCAUAAAGCCCAGGGGAUGCCAGAAGGCGGUGGGGCACUUGCAGAAGGAUUUCAGGCAAGAUUACAGGAGUUUCAGAAUUUUGAACAAACUUUUGAGGAGUGUAUCUCGCAGUCAGCAGUGAAAACAAAGUUUGAACAGCACACUAUCAGAGCUAAACAGAUACUAGACACUGUGAAAAACAUACUGGACUCAGUAAACGUGGCAGCAGCAGAGAAGAGGGUUUAUUCAAUGGAAGAGAGGGAAGACCAAAUCGAUAGACUGGACUUUAUCCGAAACCAGAUGAACCUUUUAACACUGGAUGUUAAGAAGAAAAUCAAGGAGGUCACCGAGGAGGUAGCGAACAAGGUUUCUUGUGCAAUGACAGAUGAAAUUUGUCGACUGUCUGUUUUGGUUGAUGAGUUUUGUUCUGAGUUUCAUCCUACCCCCAGUGUGCUGAAAGUAUAUAAGAGUGAAUUAAAUAAGCACAUAGAAGAUGGUAUGGGAAGAAAUUUGGCUGAUCGGUGCACCAAUGAAGUCAAUGCCUCCAUGCUUCAAUCUCAACAGGAAAUUAUUGAAAACUUGAAGCCCUUACUUCCAGCUGGCAUACAGAAUAACCUUCAUACACUAAUCCCUUGCAAAAAGUUUGAUCUCAGCUAUGAUCUCAACUGCCACAAGCUGUGCUCGGACUUUCAAGAGGACAUUGUGUUUCGAUUUUCCCUGGGCUGGGCUUCCCUUGUGCAUCGAUUCCUGGGCUCCACGAAUGCGCAGAGGGUGCUGCUCGGGCUGUCAGAGCCUGUCUUUCAGCUCCCUAGAUCUCUAGCUUCAACUCCUACUGCUCCUCCUAACCCAGCAACACCAGACAAUGCAGCCCAAGAAGAGCUCAUGAUCACCUUGAUCACAGGACUGGCGUCGCUCACAUCCAGGACCUCCAUGGGCAUCAUAGUUGUUGGGGGAGUGAUUUGGAAAACGGUGGGCUGGAAACUCAUCUCUGUUUCCUUGAGUAUGUAUGGAGCUUUGUACCUCUACGAAAGGCUGACCUGGACCACCCGUGCAAAGGAGAGAGCAUUCAAGCAGCAGUUUGUAAACUAUGCAACUGAAAAGCUGCAGAUGAUUGUGAGCUUCACAAGUGCAAACUGCAGUCACCAAGUACAGCAAGAAAUGGCUACCACUUUUGCUCGACUGUGCCAACAAGUCGAUGUGACUCAAAAACACCUGGAAGAGGAAAUUGCUAGAUUGUCCAAAGAAAUAGAUCAACUGGAGAAAAUACAAAACAACUCAAAGCUUUUAAGAAAUAAAGCCGUUCAACUUGAAAGUGAGCUGGAGAAUUUUUCGAAGCAGUUUCUACAUUCGAGCAAUGAAGAAUCCUAACCACAGGCUGCUGUGAUGACGGCACUGUAGGAGGAAGCGGACGUGGAACAUGGGGAGAGUUAUUUUUAUCAAAUCACCUCAGUACGAAUUACUAACUCUGAGUGUCACUGCCUUGCAGAGAUUGUGGUAAUGAGCUGUCUGGGGUUGCCCUU